CGCAAAGUGUGGAAGCUUAUGAGUGGUCGCUAUCAGCCACUCGCAUUCGAGAGAAAAGUCGCUCAUUACUGGUUCUUGCAACGAGACGAAACGCCGAAUCGACCAACAAGGUUUGUUUUUGUCAAAGCCGCUACGGCAAAUGUGAUUCGUUACUUUUUCCCUCGCUUUUUGGCUGUAGAAUUUUAACCUUUGGUGGCGCGAAAUAUUCUAGCUCUCGAAUGCAUUGAAACAGUCUGUCCUCGAAGGCAAAGUUUACGGACGAUUUUAGCCAUUUUGUUUACAUUAGAACUUCGAAAAUGUACUUUAGAUUUUACCUUUAUGCCCCAUAGUCUUUUACGCUGUAGUUCUUUUUAGAAUUGUACAAAUAUAUCUAUAUUUCUGAAACAAUAGCGAAGUGCCUUGCUAUAUAAAAAGCCGCCAUAUGCAUCGACUUUAAUAUCUUUCUUUCUUCGUAAACGGUAAAGGAUGUUCAUAUUUACGAUAAAUACGUACAUUUUUUGGAUUAAACUUGCAAAGAAAUUUGGGCUUACUAGUAAUUUAUCAACAUUUUUGAGGAUUUAUACUGAGAGGGACCAAUUAUAAAUUUCAGUAUAUAAAACUACAGUCUAUAUAUUCAGUAUUUGGCUACAAUUUUUAAAAAUCUGAUGCCGGUUUUUAUUUAGCUUUAAACUUCAAUGGAUGGUAAUAAUGGCGAUUCGCGAAACUCACAAAGCGAAAGUUUAGCUAUAAAUGCCAACGAAGCAACUUUCAGAGUUAGCCAAAAUGGUGGUCUGCCCACUUUUGCUACCCAGACACAACUUGCAAACGGUUCAGCACAAAUGCAAGCUGCUAAUUCACCUCAAGGGCAAGAUGCCUCGAAAGGUCAAACGAGUGUCUCGGAUGCAAGUGUUGGGUUGGCAAUAACCGAGGUGACCGGUGCCAUCCCGCAGGCGGUCAGCAGUGUGUCGGCUGGCGAGGAUGGGAGAGGACAGGUUGCGGCGAUUGAAACAACGGCAGGAAGUGUAUCAGGGACUGUUGUAAUACCGCAGGAGUAUCUAACAGUGGGUCAGGCUGGGGCACAGGCGUAUGUACCGACAGAACCACAUAAUGUCAGUGGUAAGUAUUGUACCACCAUGUCAUCACUCCUGUUAUAGUACUGCCUUAGUAUGUAAGCAGUAAGCCACUGUUAGGUGUGCUAUUUUCUCACUUUCUUAAUAACAUUUGGAAGUUUCAUCAGAAAACGUUGAACUAGCACUUUUAUUUUGACAAAGUGCCAUUUUGUUUCAAUUUUACUGAGUUUCAAACAGUUUUGAGAAGUGAUACAACGAUGACUAUAGAGUCAACCAUAUUUUUUUGUUUUUUGCCUAGAACAACAUUGGUUGAAUCAGUUCAAAAAACAUAAUUUUUUUCCCGGUUUAUUGAUCAACCGCCGUACCCUAUGCAGAUGGCACAGGGAACUUUCAAUACUGGAUAUUUGUGUUAAGUGGUUUGAUUGUUAUAUUUCAGACAGUGUCAGCCUUGACGAUAUGGAUCAAGAUGAAAAAGAUAGAGACGAGUAUGAAGUACUAAGAGAACAGGUAAGUAACAAUACAAUCCCCAACACUACAAGGAUGGGUCCAGCCUGAUCUGGUAGGCGGAUUAUUCACACUUUUUGUUUGCAUAGUACCUAUAUUGACCACUAGUGGUAUUGCCAAAAAUAUGCAACACCCCUGGCCCCCAAGUGGUAUUCGUUAGUUACCUGAUGGCCCAAAAUGGGCAAUUCAAACACCCAGUUUUCAGAUCCUGGCUAUCACCCUGACUCGGAACAUCUAUUUCAAACUUUAGGAUCGUUUUCUUCCUAUUGCCAAUGUUGCCAGAAUUAUGAAGAAAUCCAUACCAAAAAAUGGGAAGGUAAAAAAUAUACUACUGACAGCUGUUUGUUUUUUAUCCUUGACUCUUGACAGGCUAAAACUGACAAGUUUGUUCACAUUUUCUGUAUUUCAGAUUGCAAAAGAUGCUAAGGAAUGUGUACAAGAAUGUGUUUCAGAAUUUAUAAGUUUUAUAACUAGCGAGUAUCCUUUAUUUCCUUCAAAAGUAUUCCGAUAAAUAUCCCCCCCCCCCAAAAAAAAAAGUACAAUACCUAGGUAUUGAUAAUAACACCAGAAAGCUGUGGAUUUAGAGGGAUUCAACUGCUGGAAAAAUACCACUAGCAAAACGUUGACGUUUUGAGCGAUGGCACUUAGUAAGGUACCGCCCAGCCAAUGAGCCAAAUGUGUGACUGCAAGGUGCCGGUAUGCCGAAAUCCGGCGUAUUUUAUAGCCUCUUUCGACUUAGUCCUUAACACAAAAUUCCAGAGCAAGCGAGAGAUGUCAGCAAGAAAAACGAAAGACCAUAAAUGGUGAAGAUAUUUUGUUUGCAAUGACAACGCUGGGUUUUGAUCAAUAUGUUGAACCACUGAAAAUAUAUCUACAGAAAUACAGAGAUGUAAUUAUAACAUAUAUGUUAUUUUUAUUUUAAGAGGAAUUCGCCCGACUUUUGCAUUUAUCCCGACUGGGGGGAGGGGCAAAAAUUUUUGAAGGCCUUGCAUUUUUUUGCCAACAAUAUUACAUACAUUUAUUUCUUUGGCAAGAAAUAACAUAUUUGGCAACAUUGUACAUUUUCACCUAUUUAUAUCUUACAUAUUUCUUGCUUUUAAAUUUAUUAUCUGCCCAUCUUACAUUCUGUUCAUAAUUUGCCCAGCUUCAAUUUUUCUGGGGGGGGGGGGCAGCUGCCCCUCCCCCUUGUAUGGUUAUAUGGCCUGGCAUAGAAUCAUCUCAUGAUUUUUAUUCACAUUAGCAAUGACUUGCAGAUCUCAGUUGGGUGUGUUUCCCAGUUUAAUAUGCACACAUAUUAACGGCCCCUUAGACGAAUGAUUUAUUAGAAUGAUGAUGCAUCUUCACCGAUACUUACCAUUUGUUCUCAAUAGUGUCCAGUGUCUUCAGGGCUUCAAAUUUGAAUUUUUCAGCAGUAUCCAACGAGACACUAGCAACUUAAAAUCUGGUAUCCACCCAGAAAAUCUAGUAUCCCACAUUUGAAAAACAUCUUUUCGUUCAUGAGCUUGUUACGUACCAUAGAAAGGAUUUUUUCAAGCCAUGUUAAAUUUUCGACAAUGCUUUGUUUCUUGAGUGAGUUCAUACUUCGCUUGGCUUUGGCACUUUUUUGAGAGUAUCUUUCCCGCUCAGUCAAAUUCACUUUGAACUCAUUGCCUUUCACUUUGUUUAUCUUCUUGUAUUAUUUUUGACGGUAUUUUGUCAAGAAAUAUCAGCCGUGAACAGAAUUUUUUUCAGUAUCCGUCAGGAUACUGAGCUUGUGAUUUCCAGUAUCCAAAGCGAAUUUGAAGCCCUGGUAUUCCAACGUUGUUAAAACGUUGUUUCUUUAUUUUCUCAGUCAAUGAAAGGUGAAAAGGGAGGAAUGGGAACAGUUGGUGAAGGAUCAGAACUGGACGAUGAAGGUCGAAAUAUUUCGCAUUAUAGUGGUGAGCUUGUGUGCCCAUGUGGAACUGACCAUCACAGUUCACUGGUUUUAAUGAAAACGUUUUAUACUGGAUUGCUCUAUCAGUUCUUAUUAAACUUAAUUCUCCGGCUAGAGGUCCGGUAUGGGUCAUCCCUAAUUGGUCUAGUUUUCCUAGGGGAGGAAAGCUAAUCUAAACUAACUUAAUUUGUAUUGAAAUUAAGCUCUAUAUGUUUUAAACAGUUCUCUCUAGAGGCCAAGCGAAAGACAAUUCUUAAUUCAUCCAGUGCUGCUAUAGUUUAUAGGAGGAAACCUAGUCUAAAUUAACUGUCUUUAUUUGUGUUGAAAACAUGGCCAGAUUUCGAGGGGAGGUGUGAGAUCGUUUUUCACCUCCCCUGAGAAUGUUUUCACCUCCCCUGAAAAGUCCUGCACCUCCCAUUGGGAAAGUCUCAAUGAUAGAUCAAAGUGAAAAUUUGACAUUUUUUCGUUGGUUAGAACUUAGGGUCUACACUUCGCAAAAACGUUUUUUCUGUAAAAUUGAAAGAGUGAUAGCCAUUCAUCUUAAUGCAAUGUUUCGAAAGAAACCUUGUAGUAAUUGUAAUUUCUUCGUACCUUCAGCUCCCAUGCACCCCACGAUGAUCGCUCCAGAACAAGCGAAUGCUAUAUACGGUACAGCGUAUCCGACCCAGGUAAGCACGUGUUUGGCACAUGCCGGCAAGUGCGCCAUUUCAACUACACACGUAAUAACGCGCAAGUUGUGACAAACCUGUAGCAGACUUGUAACAAUACUGUUCCAACAACUUGUUAACAGGAUAUGUUCGCACCGCUUGUUUCCAGUUGUCAACGGCUUUGCAUGCUAGAAGGUUGUUCAGUUCAACAGACUUGUUACAAGUUGUUCCAACAACUUGUUAUCGUCCUGCAAUUCAACAAUUUGUCAACAAGUUGUGAGGGACAACCUUGUAGCAACUUGAUAAAAUAACAGCAUUGCCAUUGUUGCAACUUGUUGACAAGCUUGCCACAAGCCUGUUGCGAACACAUCUUGUUGACAAGUUGUGAGAUUUUUACUUUUGAGACAUUUAUAAAUAUUGUUCCUAAAUUUGUUUUCUUGUCCAUUUCUAGCUUCCGCAAUCUCUUCAUUUCUCAGCAAUGUGAGAAAGACGCCGCGAGUAAAGUUGCGUAUGUACAUACUGUAAGAGGGUUAGCCCAGGUCUACUGUAUAUAUUAUGUAACCGCGUAAAACGCCCGGGAUUGUACAGAAAACGAUCAAUGAGCUGUUAGAUGUAGUUGAGUUGCCUACGCGUAUGUAGAAAUAAACGACUCGUUGUUUUACGAAGGUGGAAACGGUUCGUUCUCGUUCGAAAGAAGUGGUUUAUUUUAUGGGGAAAUUCAUUUGGUACCUUCUGGAAGAAAAUCGUUCGUUUUCGCCAUAGAUAUCUUAUAUAUAGCGCAUCUCUUUUAGUAAAAUUGAAGCCAAGAAUAUUCCAGCGGUUACCCCCAUUUGAAUAGAUGGGGGCCAUGUUGGAGUUUCCCACUCGCUAAUAAACGCUUAAAAAACAACAAUAACUUCCAUCAUUUGAAUAGUUUGAAAAUGUAUUUGGAAUAGGUUUAACUUAAUGAAUAAUGUUUAAGUUCCCUGUUUAAGAAAUACAACUAAAACAUACGAGUCUUCUCGUUUCAUGGGAAUAUCCUGAGUCUGCAAUCACGGCUUCAAUUUUUGAAUUGCAGAAUAAUUAGAUGCACUAUCUAGUGUAUAUAGUAUGGUUUUCGUAUAGGCAGUACAUGUUUUAUUAUAUGGAACAGUAAUGUAAGAAAUAAUAUUGCUACAAUUUACAAUACACAAAGAUUCCUAUAUUUGUUGCGUAACAUUUGCAGACACAUCUGUUAAUCGAUGGAGCCCAACUCUGAUAAUCCAAUUGGAAUAAUAUUUUAUUAAUAUAGUAUAGUACAUAUAUACAUACGUUCUAUUUAUUCACAACAGAGUGAUUUAUAGUGUAGAUAUAUAAGCUUCAUUUUGGUUCCUCACGUAUCGACAAUCGAAAUUUAUUGCUCAUUGGCAGUGUUCGAUCAGUGUUUUUAGUAAUUUUACCAAAUUUUCAAGUAAUUACACAAGGAUGUUUAAAAUUUUAUUAUGUACACAAUUCACAUAAUCGUUUGUGCCUCUUCCCAUCACUCCCCGCGCACUCACUUCUAUUCGGAAUACUUAAGGUGCUCUGUACUUAAGGAUGCUCUGUACUUAAGGAUACUUAAGGAUGUUCUGGUCAUUGUCAAAAUAUUUUGCAUUUGUUGCGUGGUGUGACAUGCAUAUAAUUGAUCGCAACAGCAACAUGCAAUUCUGCAAUCUCAAUUCCGUGUUUGUCGUGGUUGAAAUUCCUAUGCUCCUUAAAUUCCUCAAUCACAAAAAGAUUCUUCACCAUCGCAUGCUUGGUGCAGCGAGUUCUUUAAAGUGAUCACUCGUUGUUUUUGUUAUCUUUCGUCCAUUGGUGGUUUAAGAUAUCUUUUAUCGUUGGUCUCCUCUGAGGAUCUUUAUCCAACAUCGUGGUUAGAAGGUUCUGGACAUCU